AUGCUGUCGCAAGUUGUCAUCGCUCUCGGCCUGGCCAGCGCCGUUCUCGGCCAAGUCACGCUUCAGCCGUCAACCAUCAGGACAGGCCGGCCGGGUCUUCCGACCUUGACGGUGACAUCAACGACCACGGAGACGGAGACGGAGACCGUGACCAAGACGGAGAGCUACAUCAGCGAGACGACGGUCACGUCGACGGUGAUCAGCACCAGCGUCUCGACCAGCGUCAGCACCUCCAAGGUUACCGACACGGUUAGCGUGAUAAAGACCGUCACCAAGCCCUGCGUCACCUGCCCGACGCUGACCCGCACCGCGACGGCGUGCAAAUCCUGCUUCGUGCCGCAGUGCACCACCACUCAGGUCGUGACCCGGCCCGUGGGAUGCGACGGGGCGCUGCCCACCGCCACGGUAUCCUUCCCGUGUAGCGAUCCGGACUCGUGCAACAAGAUUGGUUGCACAACGGUGUAUGACAUCAAGACUGCGGCUUAA